AGUGAGAGAGUGAGAGAGAGAGGGAAGGCGAAGAGGAGAGAAGAGGAGAGGGGGGAGCCCCACUGGCGGGGAGGCUGCUCGCCCCGGCCCAGCCCCGACGACGCGGCGGGUCCCCGGAGCGCCCCCCUCCUCCUCCGCGCCGCCUCGCCGUGCGCCUUGCUCAUGCUCCUGCCUACCUGCCUACCAGGUGUGAGAUGUCAGGUCACAUCCUACGUGCUGCCCUUUCACCAAUCAACGACUGAAGCAUGUGAUCAGGACCAUCAUGGAGGGUGCAGAUUACCAGUUGCCUUCUGCCCACUCAGCCAGUGUGACCCUCUCUUCCCCAUCCUCCUCCUCCUCUUCGUGUGAUGGAGCAGAUACCCUGGCUUUCAAUGGGGAGCUGGACCUGCAACGCUACUCCAAUGGGCCGGGAGGACCCGGGGGCGAGGCCCGCCCUUACCCGUGCCCCAUCUGCGGCAAGCGGUUCCGCUUCAACAGCAUCCUGGCCCUGCACACGCGCAUCCACACCAGCUCCUCCCCUCUCACCUGCCCCUACUGCGGCCACCGGGCAGGGCAGCGUGCCAGCCUGCGCCUCCACUUGCGCUCCCACUGCCCCGAGGCCCGUGCCCGCCUCAGCCACCAGAGCCGCCUGCUGCUUGAGCUGGAGGAGCGGGCGCUUUUGCGGGGGCAAGAGGAGAAGGAGGAGGAGGAAGAGGAGGAGGAUGAGGAGGAGGAAGAAGAAGAAGAACAAGCUGCCCCUGCUCCACCUCCACCCCUGCCCACCUUCCGCUGCCCCUUCUGCAAGGGCAAGUUCCGCACUGCCGGCGAGCGGGACCGCCACCUCCGCAUCCUCCACCAGCCCUACAAGUGUGGACAGUGCUCCUUUGCCGCCGCCCAGGAGGUGGAACUCCAGUGGCACAACCAGCAAGCCCAUGGGCUCCCGGCUGCUCGGCCGCCCACCCCUCCUGCCCCUGUCCCCGCCGCAGCUGCCCCACCUGCCCCUCCGGCCCCUGCCCCUGCCGCUCCCUCAGCUGCCGCACCCACUGAGUUCCGCUGCCAGGUUUGCGGCCAGGCCUUCACCCAGUCCUGGUUCCUCAAGGGUCACAUGCGGAAGCACAAAGACUCCUUCGACCACAAGUGCCAGGUGUGUGGGCGUGGCUUCAAGGAGCCGUGGUUCCUCAAGAACCACAUGAAGGUUCAUCUCAGCAAGCUAGGCCUCCAGAGCGAACAGAGAGGGCCCGGCCCAGGCCGGUCCGCCCAGAGCUUGCUCGUCGGCUGCGAGGCCCUCUACCCUUCCCUCCUCUCCCCUCGGCCCACGGAUAAGGCCAGCACGGGCAAUUUCUUGGGCUAUGGCGAUGCCAGCUGCGCCGAGCGGCUGCAGGCCACGGCUCGGGCGGUGGAGAGUGGCCAGCAGUGGAGGGAGCGCUCUUACGCAGGAGGUUCCAAGCUGGCGAGAGAGGACCCAGGAGGGAGCCACCGCUGCCCAGAUUGCACCCGUACCUUCGGCACAUUCCAACAGAUGGCCUUGCACCGACAGAGCCACCUGUCCCGAGAGAGGGAGUGGAGCAAGGGGCAGUCGCUGGGCUCUCACCUUCUCGCAGGACACUGGCUCCCCACAAAUGUCAGAGCCUCCACAGCAGCCAACACCAGUCCGUCUCUGCUGACCCAGGAGGAAAAGGACAUGCAGGGGCAGUCGCGCCUGGACGGCUCCCGGCGGGGCACCGGGAAAGAUUGUCCGUUCUGUGGGAAGUCCUUCAGAUCCUCCCACCAUCUAAAGGUGCACCUCCGCGUCCAUACAGGCGAGCGCCCGUACAAAUGCCCUCACUGUGACUAUGCCGGCACGCAGUCUGGCUCUCUCAAGUACCACUUGCAGCGCCAUCAUCGGGAGCAGAAGAGCGCUGCGGCUGCAGCAGCUGCUGCGGCAGGAACGCUGGAACGAUGCCACAUCCCCCUCGCUCCCACCGCAGUCCCUGCCUUUCCCGCCACGCAGCUUGCAAAGAGCCAUGGGCCCUUCCUGUCUCUCGGGAGCUUGGGCGGAGCUCGGUCCCGCCCAUCCCGCCGCAAGCCGCUGCUCAACGGGAAGACCGACUUCCAGCCCCUGGACCUGUCGCUGCGCCCGGCUUUGGCAGGAGGAGCCCUCCACCGCUGCCAGUUCUGCCCCUUCGCCACCUCGGCUCCUGAGCUCAUGGAAUUACAUCUCCAAGUCCACCACAGCCGGAAAGCCCGAACCCGCCGCUGCUCUCACACUGCCCCUAAACCCCGGGGGGUGGCAGAGGAGGAGCUGCCCGAACCCCAGAGCCCCCAGCUGAAAGCACCCGAGUCUCUAAGUCCAAAGGGGGAGAUGACCAAACCUCAGAACCUCUGGCAUUCGGAAAACCAGGGAGAACUUCCCAGGCCUGAGUUGCCCCUCGGGAAGAGGACGCCCGAUCGAGCAAUAGUUGCCAGCCUCUCUCCUGGAGCUGCACCAGCUAACCAAGAUUGGGAGAGCCUGUCGCAAGACUCUGAAGAGCCAAGAGCUGAGGAGGAAUUGCCUGGGCCCAAAGUCCAAAAGGGCCCACACCAGGAGACAUCUAAGACAGGCCAAGGCCUCAUGGAAUUGCAGCUGGAGCCAGUGCAGGCCUGAGUACGUCUACUCUGCAUAUAUAAACCAGUUUUGAGCCUGUUUAACUGUCAUGGUGGCUCUCAAGCAAGGGACUCUGGGAACUGUAGCUCCUUUCUAUGAAGCUGCAAUCUCUAAUAAAGAAUUCUCAAGCACCCUACAAAUCUACGCUUCCCAGAGUUCACGGGGAGGGUCUUGGAUAGCCCCUAGCUUAGUGGUAGAGCCCAUGCUUUGCAUGCAUUAAGGUUCCAGGUUCAGUCCCUCGUAUCUAGCCAAAAGAGGCAGGGCUCGGAAAGGCCGCUGCCAGAGACCUUGAACGGACAUGGCCAAUUAAAGCAGAAAACAUGGGGCUCGAUGGAUCAAUAAAUAGUUCUCCGCAAUAAAAGGCAGCUUCACAAGACAGUUGAACCAGUUUCAGACCUGUUUACAUUUGUAGUAUAGACAUGCAGAGACCAGAAGAGGCAGCUAGUAAGAUGCCACUCCACAAAUGACAGGGUCGUGCACCCAUCUGUUGAGAGGUGUCGAAAUAGAAGGUAGUAGAGUUGUCUUUUUGGAAACAGGUUUCUGUGUCUUUAACAGCAGCGAGGCAGGCAGAAAUUCAAGAGGCACAGAUCUUCUCUGUCACGGCGCUGUUAACGAUACAGAAGACCUGUCAGGAAAAGUGCCAACCUUGGGAUGCAGAAGGGAGAAGCUGUGAUAAUGGCUGGGGUGUGGAAUUGGUUAAGGGGCAGCGAUGCUGUUAAAAGUCUUUCUUAGUCAAACAGGGUUUUGGGGUGAGGUGGCUGGAGUCUAUUGGAUUCCAAUGCCUUGUUCUCGCCUCAGUUCUGGGCUUGAUGCUGCUUCCUAUUGGUGCCACUGUCUGAGAAAUUGGGCCCAUUCAGGACCUCAUUGUUGGCACAAAUAUGGGGUUGAUAGGCCCAGUAGGGAACAAGACACCUGUGGUGUAUACCAUUUUUGUAAUAAGGGGAGCAUUUCUGCGGGCGCAGCUUUCCCGCUCCGUGGUGCUGCUGCUACGGCGGGAGAAGCUGGCCCUUUCAAAAUCCCCCCUUUAAUGACACAGGAGCCCUGUCUCCAUUAGCCUGUUUACCCUGUUGAGUGCCACAGAGGCAGGGCAGGCCGCACCAGCCACUCUUGGCCUAAGGGGACUUCAAGCACCUGUGUUGGGGCCUUGUCUCCAUAGCAACCAGGUGCUACAGUCUCUUGUGUGCGUAGCAAGCAAGCAACCCAGUGCCAGUAUGUUAUCUCCGUAGUGACCCAGGAACAGAGCCCUGUUUCUGUAGUGAACUGGCAUGUCGGGGAGCUUGACAACUUCUAGAGUUUUCUAUUUUUUUAUUGUUUUUCUUGUAGAAAAUUUGAAACUGGAAAUAAAAAUUAAAAUGAGAAACAA